AUGACUUACUCUGGAAUGGGACCUGAUUUUCGGGUCUUGGUCGACAAAGCGAGAAAACUCGCUCAUACAAACUACAAGAGAAUCUACAACGAAUACCCGCCGGUGAAAAUCUUGGUACAGGAAAUUGCCAAGGUUAUGCAAGAAUCUACUCAAUCGGGAGGUAUUAGACCAUUCGGGGUGUCAUUGCUAGUGGGAGGCUACGAUCAACAUAGUGAAUCUUUUCAGCUUUACCAGGUAGACCCAUCAGGAAGUUACUUUCCAUGGAAGGCUACUGCUAUUGGAAAGUCGUCGGUUUCGGCAAAAACCUUUUUGGAAAAGAGAUGGAACGAAAACUUAGAACUUGACGACGCCAUUCAUGUUGCCCUUCUUGCAUUGAAAGAGUCGGUAGAUGGAGAAUUGACCGGCGAGAAUCUCGAUAUCUCGGUGGUGAGCGAGCCUCAACAGCAGUCAUUGGGAUUUCUGGGAACAGACGUCGCCGGCCCCCGAUUCAAAAAGCUCUCUGCUGAAGAGAUCAACGAUAGACUCGAUGCUUUGUAA